UUAUGUGAUAAUACUAUGGAAAAGAGAAUCAAAUAUAUAAUAUCAAAGAACCAAAAGUCUCAUUAUUGUGUGUCAUGUGUAUCUCCCGAUAUAUACAUAUAGAUCAAAAAGAUCUGAGGGAAAGUGGGCACAAUACUCUAUAGAAGUCAGAUGCAAGUGCCCCAGAAAAGAAAUGUGAAAGAGUGAAAGAGAGAGAAACUUCCUCUUCCUUUCUUUCAUGCUUACGACAAAACUUCACCGCCACCUGUUUUGUCUCAAAUCUUUUUCCACUUUUUUUAAUAAUAUAAUUUAUUAUACUAACUACACAUGCAAGGUAACUCUAAAUGUUUUAGACUUUGAAAAACAUUAAUGUAUUCACAUAUAAAACAUUAUAAACAUAUAAAGCCCGAAACCCUAUAUAUAUAUAAACUAAGAGCGAGAAAGAAAGAAAAAAGCUAGAGAGAGAGAGAGAGAUGAACAAAUGGUUGGGGUUUUCAUUGACACCUCCUUUGAGAAUCUGUGAUAGUGAAGAAGAGCACGAAGAAGAACUCAGACAUGACGGUUCCGAUGUUUGGGGAUAUGAUAUUAACCUUGAUCAUCAUCAUCAUCAUCAACAUGAUGAAGUGCCAAAGGUGGAAGAUUUGCUCUCAAACUCUCAUCAAACCGAGUAUCCUUUGACCAAUAACCAAACCAAUGUCAACAGCACCACCGUGGUUAACAGAUUAAACCCACCCGGUUACCUUCUCCACGAGCAAACCGUAGUUACACCACAAUACCCGAACCUAGAUCCAAACCUAACCCAUGAUUAUGGAGGUUUUGAGAGGGUCGGUUCGGUCUCGGUUUUCAAAUCUUGGUUAGGGCAAGGCACUCCAACAUUUCAACUCUCGAGUACUUACGUCACUGAAGAGGGUGGUACGAGCAAUAAUAUUAGUCAUUUUAGUAACGAAGAGAUUGGUUAUAACACCAAUGGCUCGAUGCUAUCAUUGGCUUUGAGCCAUGGGGCUUGUUCUGAUUUGAUCAACGAAACGAAUGCAUCUGUAGUGCCGGUAGAAGAACCGGUUAAAAUAGAUGAGAAGCGGAAGAGAUUGACUGGCAAAUCUCAGGUGAAGGAUUUGGUUCCUCGGAAGUCGGUUGAUAGUUUCGGACAAAGAACUUCUCAGUAUCGUGGAGUUACAAGGCAUAGAUGGACAGGGAGAUAUGAAGCUCACUUAUGGGAUAAUAGCUGUAAGAAAGAGGGACAGACAAGGAAAGGAAGACAAGUGUAUCUUGGAGGGUAUGAUGAUGAGAAGAAAGCAGCGAGGGCUUAUGAUUUAGCGGCUCUGAAGUAUUGGGGUCCUACCACUCACUUAAAUUUCCCUUUGAGUAAUUACGAAAAGGAGAUCGAGGAACUCAAUAACAUGAAUAGGCAAGAAUUUGUUGCCAUGCUGAGGAGGAACAGUAGCGGGUUUUCGAGGGGAGCUUCCAUUUACAGAGGAGUUACAAGGCAUCAUCAACAUGGAAGAUGGCAAGCUAGAAUUGGAAGAGUUGCUGGAAACAAAGACUUGUACCUUGGCACAUAUAGCACGCAAGAAGAAGCAGCAGAGGCGUACGAUAUCGCGGCAAUUAAAUUCAGAGGCCUAAACGCUGUAACUAAUUUCGAUAUUAACAGAUAUGACGUGAAGAGGAUAUGUUCAAGCUCUACGAUUUUCAAUAGCGACCAGGCCAACCGUUCUCCCACCAGCUCUGGCUCCGGCCAAUAACGACCACCGACACCAUGAAACUCCUCGCCGUAGAGACUAUUCCCACGGUUGGUUUGAGGAACCUCUGAUUUAAAUAUAUAUAAGUUCGUCGAGUCUGUUUAAUAAACAUUCCUAAGUAAGGCAUAUAAUUAUAUACAACAUUUUAGCAAAUUAGGUUAUCAUACUACUUGAGUCUCGUAUUUAUUUACAAUUGAAAAGUUAAUGCAUCCACUAUUUACACUCCAUGACAAAAGUGUUAAUUAGUAGUAUUUCCUAACUGGACCAAGUGAAGGAGAGACGAUUCCUCAAUUUGUGUGCCUUCUUCUGUCGUGGUCGUACUUAAAGAAAAAGCGUUACAAAGUGAAACCGUAACUUACUAAACUCACAAUCGAAUCCGUCAGGCCAAGCCUUUGAUUUUGAACACGUAUCAAGCUAGUUAUAAAUCACAUAUAUAAGCAGCGUAUAGUGGAUCAAGGUUUUCGGAUUUUUGUAGUCAUGUCUGAAUUGUUUCUUACAUAA